GUAACCAUAACUAAUAUAAACAAAUAUGGCGGCAAAACAUCGACAUGGUGCAAUGUGGAAAACCCGUGCGUUGAAAUUUUACAUUGACUGAGAAAUUAAAGUAAAAACGUUCACCAUGUAUCGAAAAUAUCUACAAGAAAUUGCCAUCAGAGAGAAGCAAAUGGGAAACAAUUGCAGUUCAUCGGCUUCGACCAGUGGUAUGAUAACCCGUCACCCCGACCCCCAGUCCUCGGAAAAUAGCAGGACACCACCAGAACCUCCGACACCAUCAGGGCACCACGCAACAGAGUCCGGAAAUCAGAAUGCUCAAAACCCAGGCCCAAGUAAUUCUACCGGAACCCCAAAUCCUGCUCAGGCACUCCCAAAAGAGCUCACGGAGGAACAGAAAAAGACUAUGGAGAAUCAAAAGCGAGAACUUGAAGCUCUGCUUGAGACCGUUGAUCAAACAGAGAAGAUGAUUUUCAUGGCUUUUCCCUUCCAGGAGGCUAUUAUUCUUGGGAAUUUUUACGCCACUUUUCCCAACACAAUGAAAACUAUCCGUAUUUUUACCAGCAGCACGUUCACAGAUACAAAAUAUGAAAGAAACUGUUGGAUGGAAAAGGCGUAUCCCAAAAUCAAAGAGCACUGUUUCAAGAAGGGUUACGAAUUCCAAGUGGUGGACAUGAGAUGGGGCAUCCGUAACCAAGCAACGGAUGAUCACAUGACAACAGAACUCUGCUUGCAUGAACUUCGCGAGUGUCAAAAGCUAUCAAAAGGACCCUACUUCAUUUCCCUUUUUGCUCACAAGUAUGGAUACCGUUCUCUUUCUCGGGAAAUAAAUGGCGAGGAGUUCCGAAAGAUCCAGGGUGCAGUUACUAAUCAGGCGGACUUGGAACAUCUCUUAAGAUGGUACGAGCUGGACUCAAACGCAGUCCCGGAUGUUUUCCUUUUAAAGCCCAUCAGUAGAAACAUACCGGACUUCCUCUCCAAAGACUUUGAAACCCAGAAAAAGGCGAAAUCUGAGUGGUGGACGGAGAGCGAACGACUGAUGGAGAUCAUAGCUACAGGGGCCACCGAGGCACUGGACGAGGACAGCGCCAGAAAGUACAAAAUAUCGGUAACGGAACUGGAGACGGAAGUUGCACUAAAUGAAAACAAUGCAGUCAAAAAGAGUUUCUGGUUCCGGAAAGAUUUUAAAGAUAUAGAAAAGCAGAACAACUGCUAUACCCUUUCCAGGUAUAUAGAAUGCUUGGGAGACGAGAAGGUAUGGCAGAAAGCUCGAGCAAUGAACAAGGACCUCAAGGACCGGAUGACGAGUAAGCUAAAUGCAGACCACGUACACACAUACGAACUCAACUGGAUGGAAAAAGGAAUUGAUCCGGAUUGCAGGGAACACGCUGAUUACCUGGAGAAGAUAACCACAGACUUCCAGAACCAGAUGAUCGCGUCCAUAGACGAGUCCAUAAAGGAGAGGGAAAACGACAAAAAAUUGACCUUGAGGCCUGACCAUGAAGAGUUCAUGGAGCAUGCGGUGCUGGUCAAGAAAAAGUGCGAUGGCGUCAGGGGACGGGACGACAUCGUUAAGAAAAUCAAGGAUUAUGUGUUGGGAGAUAGCAAGGAGCCGUUAAUUGUACACGGGGAGUCGGGCUGUGGGAAAACCUCCAUCAUGGCGCUGGCCGCUAGGGAGGCGUUCUCGUGGAUUCACGGAAACGGCAUGGUCAUAAUGAGGUUUUUGGGAUCGACACAGGAUAGUUCAAACGUCGUGUCCCUCCUUCAGUCCAUCAACUCCCAGAUAGAGAAAUAUUUUAAGUUAAGGGCUGUCAAAUCUCAGGAUUUAAAACAGCUGAUCAAAACGUUUAAAACGUAUUUACGUUUCUUCGUCCUGAGGAGGAAAACGAUUGUGAUAUUCAUAGAUUCUAUAGAUCAGCUCGAUAAAUCUCAUAAUGGCCGCCUUGUGUCGUCAUGGAUACCGAACAAUCUGCUGAAGGCCGCCAAAAUCAUCAUAUCCACCAUUGAUCAUCCCGACUUUGGAGUAUUUCCUGACAUCAAAAGUUUUGUGUCGGAGGAUAACUUCAUUUCUGUGCCCCUUCUGACGCCGGAGAAUCGGAUAGACGUCCUUGAUCAUUGGUUCCAAAUAAACAACCGGAAACUGACGGACGAACAGCGGUCCUACGUACUGAGCAUGUUCGAGAAGUGCUCCUUACCGCUUUACAUCAAACUCUGCUUUCGCAAGGCGGUCACGUGGACCUCGUUUCGUCCAAUAGAAGAGUGUCAACUGGAAGACACGAUUCGUGGAUGCAUAGACAAGCUGUUCAGGUCUCUUGAAAACAAACAUGGAGAGUUAUUCGUCGCCAGAGCUCUAGGAUACGUUACAGUUGCGAAACAUGGUUUGUCAGAGUUUGAACUGGAGGACAUACUUUCUUGUGAUGAUGACGUAUUAAAUGACGUGUAUCAAUUCUGGACCCCGCCCAUUAGACGACUUCCGCCUCUCUUGAUCGUGCGCCUGCGUCACGACUUAAACCGAUAUCUUGUCAACCGGGGGGACUCCGGUGUACAGAUCAUGGGCUGGUACCACCGUCAGUUCUGGGAGGCGGCCCAGGACCGCUACACCAAGGACAAGGACACCUGCCAGAGGCUCCACGCGGGGAUUGCCGACUACUUCAUGGGCAGGUGGUCCGGAGACGUUCCAAAGCCAUACAAGGAUAAACAUGGCGAAUCGGAAGCCAUUCGUUAUGUGGCCAGCCAGCCAAUACAACUGGGUAACCAAAUGAACGAACGGAAACUGAAGAGCCUACCGUACCAUCUGGCCAUGUCUGGCAAUCUGCCAGACCUCAAGAAGGAGUGCCUCCUUAACUUCGACUUCCUCAUCCAUAACCUUCUCUGUCUUCAUACGCAGGACCUGUUGGAUGACUUUGACCUGACCAUCAGUCUGUUCCCCGGGGAGCAGGACUUACGGUCCCUGUCCCAGGCCAUCAACCUUUCCGCCGCGGCCCUCACCCAGGACCCCCGCCAACUCCCCGGGCACCUGUUGGAUCGCCUGGAACACAUACAGGGUCUCCAAGAUCUUCUGACACAGUGCCGCCAGAGCCCGUACCCCUACCUCCUCUGCUCCCACUUCUUGCUGAAGAAGCCCGGGGGUCAACUGGUCAGGACCCUCACUGGGCACAACUCAGUAAUCGAUAGCUUAGACCUGCAUCAAUAUCCCGAGGGCAAGCUGGUGGCGCUUAGUGCGAGUGAGGGAGACAAUCUGAUAAAGACGUGGGACGUACACGCGGGGAAGGAGCUCAAGUCCAUUCCCGCCAUGCAAUCUAAAAUAUGUAAGGCCGAGUUUGCGGUAGAUGGAGAAAUCAUCCUUCAGGUGUACCAAGAUAAGAUAUAUGGAUGCAAUUCAGGUGGGGACGUCAAGUAUACCAUUGUGUUUCCAGCCAUUUCGGUAACAACUGCGGGUCCUAAACAAAGCAACAUCGUUGCUAUUAGUGAAAAGGAGUUUGUCUUAUGGGAUGCUACGACCGGAAGUGAAUUGAAACGUAAAGAAUUGCCACCCAAACUCAAACCUGACAGCCUGGAGUGCAUUUCAGGAUCUGAAAAUUUUGUUGCAUUUACGGGUGAGAUUAUGGGAUAUCUUUGUGUGUAUAAUGUGAGAGAAGAUACAUUUUCCCGUGUCGUGAAGAUGAAGGAUGAUGAAGACAUCAACAGCAUGGCGAUAACGUCUGACGAGACCCACAUCAUCAUCUCCAAAGGAUUGGACAAUGUGGUGUUGGUGGAUAUUGCAGAUCUGAAUGAAAUACGAACUCUUGAAGCUCUGAAACAUUUGCAGUGUAUCGACAAGAUUUACUCUCUCUACGGAUCCAUGGUAGUCUGUAACGAUAAAAUUGUCUGUAUAUCAAACGAAACGGGCAGCGAAGUGUCUUCCCAUUUCCCGCACUCAAUCUCUCUGGUGGAUGUAAGGACAUGCGACCUGAAGCUGUUCGUUACCCGGUCCCAGGAUAACAUCCUCAGGGUGUGGGACAGAGCGAGGAAGGACGUCCAAAACAAACUUCCGCAACAGAGCAACAGAAUCAGAAAAAUCAUGCCAAUGAAGAACCCCCGUUACGCACUCAUACGUCGCCAAGAUAAAGAACAGACGACUGCUAUAUAUGAAAUCUAUGACCUCCUUAAACAUGGCGUCAUCAAACGGUUUGCUCUGGACACCAAUGUUUCCGAAGAGGUUCUCCUGGACGAUGACGACACACUUAUAGUGAGCACAAAAAAUGACAAAAUGAAGGCCAUAUCCCUGGAAACAGCUACUAUUGUUUCAGAAUUUGAGGGAUUCUUAGCUCUGAGUAAUGAAGUGCGGUCUAUCAAUGGGGGCAAAGAAAUAGUUACGCAGACACGAGGGAGACAAAACCUGAAAUGUUUCGAUGCAAAAACUGGAAAAGUGACAAAAAUCAUCCAAUUAUCAACAUCUGAUAAAAAAUAUCUUGUUGAAACAUUUGUGGCUUCUUCCGAUGGACAGAUUAUUGCUUGCGUUACCGAAGAUGAAACGUUUCUAGUCUGCGAUGCAGAGAAGAAAAGAGUGAUAAAGACAUUGCGAGACAAAGAUAUUGGAAAAGAUGUUAGUGAUAUCGGGUUGGAAAUCGACAUUUCUAGAAACGGGAUAUACGUUAUAGGGUCAGUACAACUGAAACGGCCCAACGUAACAACUCCUUUUGUUUGGAACAAGGAAGAAGAGACAUGCUCGAUCCUUUUCGAUGAAGAAGAACUCAAGUCCUACAAACAGCAGGGCAAGUCAAUGAAUGAUUUGGAAAUGUAUAACACAAAGGUGAUAAAAGACGAGCUGCUAGCCGUGGGGUACAUGGAUGGAGCCAUCAGACUCUGGGACCUCAAACUCGGCAAACUUCACAUGAAGCUGAGCGGCCAUACCGAUGUGCUUGACCUAGUGAUGGCGCCGGGGGGUACUUUCCUGAUGUCUUACUGUGACAUGGAGGAGGAAAACUUGAUGAGGAUCUGGGACGUGGACAGCUGGGAGUGCGUGGCCACCUACCGGUCAGAAAUUGUGUUUGGUCGAAUGACUGCAGGGACUGACGGGAAAAGCUUUCUUGCAGAGAUAGACGACAAUGUCGUACAGCUCACACUGAAUGAUUACGACAGAGAGGAGCUGGAGGAACUAGAAAUCAAAAACAAACCCAAAGAGUUGGAUUACAAAUUGAAGGUUUUAAGUGAGGAUGACAACAGGGUAUCAGAAGGGGACCGAGAUAAAGAAGAAAAGGAGAAGGAUUUUGUUUUUUCAGAUGAUGACGAUGAGAACAAGGAAGAGGACGAUGGAAAAGAGGAAUAGAAUGAGGAAAAGAGGAACAGGAUGAGGAGGAGGAAUAGAAUGUGGAAAAAGAGGAAGAGGAUUAGGACAAACUUUAACUCAAUUAGUUCAGUUAGAUUAAUUACUUGUUGAAAAAAAAUUAUUAACAUUACUCGGCAGCUGAAAAAUGGACACCUAUUUCUUGAUAUUUGCUUUAUCAGAAUGUACAACUUUGUGAACAAUACAUCUUCAUGUCAUAUAGAAUAGAUCCAGUAUUUAUAGGCUAAUCUGCAUUCUUUUCUAUGGACAAAGCUUUAGCCUAAUAUUAUCUUUAAUUCAAGGUCGUUAAUCUAUUACAGAUAUCUAUCUAACAAAACCUUUUAUGAUACACAAACUAAUAAUAAAGCAUAAAAAAUCUGCUUGGUCUUUUCCGUGUAAAGUUUCAGUAAACUAUUGUCUUUGUUGCCAAAAACAACCCAAUGUCUUCGUGAAUUUCUGAAGGAUAUGACAGUUACUGUAAAUUCCUUAAUAAAACGCGAGGAAAUGAAGUUCGUACAUAUCGCGGAUCUCACCUUUCUUUUGGACAGAUGUAAACUUAAGAAUUAACUAGUACUGUCCUAAUGGGACUAAUACCCCCGCAAGACUAAUUUCAAAUGGGACAAAUAAUUGAAUUGAAUAAUAAAGGUUUGGAACGGUUUAUUCCCGUUUUCCACACAUUUGAAAAUUAGGUAUCCGAAUGUAUGGUAUUACAAGCAAACAAAGGCACCCUUGUCGGGACAAACGAUAAUUUGUUAGGGGCUGUGUAGCGAAUGAAUACACCUAAUUAAAGAAAAUCGCCAGAACUAAACUUGUAUUACGUGCAAAACCUUAAUAAUAUGUACAGUGUACACUACGUGUGCUUUGUUUUGUAAAAAAUAAAGAGAAUGGGAUUGACUUUCCGCUGAAUGUG